ACAUUCACAUACCAAGAAGAACAUCUUGGUUGCCUUCAAGUUUUGGCAAUUAGGAAUAAAUGUGCUAUAAACAUUCAUGUCAGAUUUUUGUGUAAAUAUAAGCAUUCAACUUUUUUGGGUAAAUACUAAGGUAUGGGGUUUCUGGAUCAUAUAAUAGGAUUAUUUUCAGUUUUCUAAUGCCCAACUUUCUUCCUAAGUGGCUCUACCAAUUUGUGCUCACAGCAACAAUGAAUGAGGAUUCCUGUUGCACCACAUCCUCAUCCACAUGUAUUCUCAGUGUUUUAGAUUUUAGCCAUUCCAAUAGGUAUGCAGUGGUAUUUCAUUGUUGUUUUAAAUUUGCAAUUUCCUAAUGACCUACAAUGUUGAGGACCUUUUCAUGUGCUUAUUUGCCAUCUGUAUGGUGAGGUGUCUGUUCAGAUCUUUUGCCCAUUUUCUAAUGGGGUUACUCCUUUUAUUGUUGAGUUUUUAGGAUAUUUUGGAUAACAAUCCUUUAUCAGAUGUUCUUUGCAAAUACUUUCUCCCAAUCUGUGACUUCCCGUUCUCUUGAAGAAUGCAUUUGACCCUUGAAUACAGAGGUUAGGGGCACCCCUAACCCCACAGUUGAAAAUCCACAUAUAACUUUUGACUCCCCCCAAAACUUUACUAACAACCUACUGCUGACUAGACGCUUUACUAACAGUCUAUUUAACAUAUAUUUUACGUGUUAUAUAUUGUAUUCUUACAAUAAUCUAGGUAAAUGUAAAUGUUCAAAAUAUGAGGAAAAUAUUUACAGUACUCUAUUGUAUUUAUUGGGGAAAAAAAAUCCACCUAUAAGCGGUACCCCCAUAGUUCAAACUCCUGUUCUUCAACGGUCAACUGUGUAUCUUUUUACAACAUGUAAUCAUAGCUAUGAAUAAUUGCUUUCUAAUAUAGCACUAUAGCACUUCCCAUUUUGCGUGAUCACCAUUCUAAAAGGCUGCAAGAUAAGUAUCACAUUUCUUCCACCACAGAGAGGAUUUUAUUAUCCUCACUUCACGUGUGAAGGGAGAUAAGAGAAUGGUAAUUUGCCUAAGGCUGUAGCGCCGAUAACCCGCAGAGCUCAGAGUGGGAGUUGGAAGGAGCGGUGUAGCGCUUACCCCUAGGCCAAGGUGCCCCUCCCCGACCGCGGAGGUUUCUAUGACUAGGUAACAUUUCCUCUUUUGGCUUCCCACCGACUUUAAAAGCCAAGAUUCUCAGGGUGACAACUCCGGGAUUUAAAAUCUGGGGGCAAGGCCAGUUGGCUGCGGGGCGGGCGCUCUCCUCCUACACGGCUUUGGAGCCCGCGGAGGCGGAGCGAGCAGUCCACGCCCUCUCGCCGGUCCCAGCGCACUUAAGUGACACGCAGAGGGCGCGGACACCGGACCUAGCCUGCAGGAGCACGGCGGUCCUGCCGGGCCUACAUCUCCAGGUGCGCGAGCCCGCUGUCCCGCUGGGGCGAGGGAGCCGGGGCCGCGCGGCAAGACGCGCACUGACCAGCGGGACCCACGGCGCCGGGCGCGGCGAGCCACUCCGCGACCCGGCCUCCCCGAGUCUGACGGGCUUUGUCCCCGGUGACCACCUUUGUCAGGCUCGGGCGUCGGCUCCCUGCUCGCCCCGGCUAGACUGUCGCGACGUCGGAGUAAUUCCGGAGUCUUCCACCGCCGCUUCUUCCCUUACCCAGGCCUCGGGAAAUUUGCCGCGGAAACGAAAGUAAAUUAAGUCUGGGUGCGUCUGCGCGGAAGGAGCGGCUGCCACAUCCAGGGCACAUCUCCGAAGGGGGAAAAAGUGGUGCAUUUUUGGACAUUCUGAGGAUUCACAAGGAAACCAGACAUGUCCUUGGAUGACAUUAAGAUGAAAUCUAGUGACUUUUUGGAGAAGGAGCAUCUUGACAGCGGGGGCUUUGGAAAGGUGUCUUUGUGUUUACACAGAUCCCAUGGACUCGUAAUCCUGAAAAAGGUGUACACAGGCCCCAAGCGUACUGAGUACAAUGAGUCCCUCCUUGAGGAGGGCAGGAUGAUGCACAGGCUGAGACAUAAUCGGGUGGUGAAGCUCCUGGGUGUCAUCUUAGAAGAAGGAAACUACUCCCUGGUGAUGGAGUACAUGGAAAAGGGCAACCUGAUGCACGUUCUGAAAGCGGAGAUCAGUAUCCCCCUUUCUGUAAAAGGAAGGAUAAUUAUGGAAACCAUUGAAGGAAUGUGCUACUUACAUGGAGAAGGAGUAAUACACAAGGACCUAAAGCCUGAAAAUAUCCUCGUUGAUGAUGACUUUCACAUUAAGAUAGCUGAUCUUGGUGUGGCUUCCUUUAAGACGUGGAGUAAACUGACUAAAGAAGAAAAUAAUGAGCAGAGAAAAAUGAAUAAUAGCGCCCCCGAGAAAAAUGGUGGAACCCUCUGCUACAUGGCCCCUGAGCAUCUGAAUGACAUCAACGCAAAACCCUCAGAGAAGUCAGAUGUAUACAGCUUUGGCAUAGUACUUUGGGCAAUAUUUGCGAAUAAGGAGCCAUAUGAAAAUGCUAUCUGUGAGCAGCAGUUGAUAAUCUGCAUUAAAUCUGGGAACAGACCAAAUGUGGAAGACAUCAUUGAGUACUGCCCAGAGGAGAUUAUCAGCAUCAUGAAGCAAUGCUGGGAGGCAGAUCCAGAAGUUCGGCCAACAUUUGCUGGUAUUGAAGAAAAAUUUAGGCCUUUUUAUGUAGAUCAAUUAGAAGACAAUGUAGAAGAGGAUGUGACAAGUUUAAAGAAAGAGUAUCCAGACCAAAAUUCAUUUGUGAAGAGAAUGCAUUCUCUCCAGAUUGACUGUAUAGCAAUACCUCCAAGCAGGUCAAAUUCAGCCCCAGAACAGCCCAGUUCUCUGCACAGUUCACAAGGACUUGGGAUGGGCCCUGUGGAGGAAUCCUGGUUUGCUCCCUCCGUAGAGUACCAGCAGGAGGAGAAUGAGCUCAGCUUGCGGAGUAAACUCCAGGAGGAAGCCAACUACCAUCUUUAUGGCAGCCGCAUGGACAGGCAGACAAAGCCGCUCAGACAGAAUAUGGCUUAUAAUAGAGAGGAGGAAAGGAGACGAAGGGUCUCCCAUGACCCGUUUGCACAGCAGAAACCCUAUGAGAAUGUUCAGAACCCAGGAGUAAAAGGCAUUCCUUAUUCCAGUGCAACCAGUCAUGGUAAUGCAGUACACCAACCAACAGGGCUAACCAGCCAACCUCAAGUACUAUACUGGAACAAUGGAUUGUACAAUCUGUAUGGUUUGGGAGCAAGACCGUUGGAUCUGGGAACACCAAGUCCAAGAGUUUGGUAUGGACCAAAUCCAAGCCAUAUGCCAAGUGUGCAUAAAACUCCAGUGCCUGAGACCAACCUACUGGGAAACACACCCACCAUCCCAUUCAGCUCUUUGCCAUCAAGAGAUGAGUCUAUAAAAUGUAACAUAUACAACAGCGCUGGCAUUCAGGUUGGAGACCAUAAUUAUAUGGAGAUUGGGGGAUUGAAUUCAGCACUACUGGAAAGCACACACGUGAACUUGAAAGAAGAGCCAGCUUCUAAGUACCAAGAUAUCUUUGAUAAUAUCACUAGUCUGACUGAUAAACAUCUGGACCCAGUCAGGGAAAAUCUGGGAAGGCAAUGGAAAAACUGUGCACGUAAGCUGGGCUUCACUGAAUCUCAGAUUGAUGAAAUUGACCAUGACUAUGAGCGAGAUGGACUAAAAGAAAAGGUUUACCAGAUGCUCCAAAAGUGGCUGAUGAGAGAAGGCAGUAAGGGAGCCACAGUAGGAAAGCUGGCCUAUGCACUCUACCAGUGUUCAAGAAUAGACCUUCUGAAUUAUUUGAUACACAUCAGCCAGAGCUAAUUCCAGAAAAGGCUUUGGCAGCAUAAGGUAAUCUCACUUAGUGAGUAACACACUGAAAAUGUGCUGCCUCAGAAUGUUCAGAAUUCUUUCCUUCCUGAUAGAGGUUCUAUGUCUGCAUAAAAUUCUCCUGCAUCCCAUAGCUGGAGCAUGGGAAAGAAAUCUACAGCAAACAUCCCACUAACCAGGAAGACCUAUUAAUGGUCAAGCACCACCACCCCCCCCGCCCCACAAAAAAAAGCCUAAUUGGGUUUUGAAAGGGAGAGGAGAGGUAUUUAAGGAAGAUAAUUUUCUUUCAGUAUAUUCCAUAACCUUCAGUGAUGCUAUUCAUUUCAUUUCCUGGAGUUUUGUUUGAGAAGGAAAAACAAAUUCAGAGAAAUGUAAACUAAGUCAACUUUCUUACCUUAUGCUCUCUUCUCCAUGUAGGCUCCAAUUAUAACCAGAGUACAGUGAAAUUGAGAGUUCUCUUCAAAUAGUUUUUUUUUUUUUUUAUUAAAACUACAGUUCAUUCCAAAGCUAUAAGGUCUGUUAACUUCAGUAUCAAAUGUUGUAUCAGUCACUACAGGCUUU